UCUGGCGCAGCGGCGGAUCUCCUCGCCGAGCCGAUCCACGGAGGGAGCUGCCAGUCUCGAUCUUGCGGCGUUGCUUGCCCAUUCGCGCUGGAUCAUAGCCGAUCGUCAUCCGGGCCGGAUGAGAAUGCCCUAAGUUUCAUGGCAUUUUCAUGUGGAGUAAGGUUCUUCUCGCCCUCGCCAUCGCCAUCGCCAUUCGCAGCGCCCAGAUCGACGUCCCAGCGGCAUUUGGCCUCUGCUAGCAUGGCUAGCGGCGGCGAUGGCGAUGGCGAUCCCAUCCGGCAUUGGAUCCUUGGAGAUGGCGGCGCCACCAAGAUCACCAGGAUUACGCCUGUGGGAGGCGGAUGCAUCAAUGCUGCCAAUCGCUACGACACGGACGCUGGCUCUUUCUUCGUGAAAACGAACAGAGGAAUCGAUUCUUCCAUGUUUGAGGCCGAGGCCGCUGGCCUGGAUGCCAUGUACCGGACGAACACUGUACGCGUGCCAAAGCCUCUAAAGGCAGGGAGUUUGCCCCGAGGAGGCUCUUUCAUCAUCAUGGAAUACAUCGAGUUUGGCGGAUCGACACUUCAUGGCCAGAGGGAGCUGGGGAGGAUGCUUGGGAAAAUGCACAAGGCUGGGAUUUCUGACAGGGGAUUUGGAUUUGAGAUGGAUAACACCAUUGGCAGCACACCGCAGCCGAAUCCAUGGACACCCGACUGGAUCACGUUCUUCCGUGAUCACCGCAUUGGUCACCAGCUGGAACUACUCUUGACGAAUUACAGCGACCAACAAAUCUACGAGAAAGGCAAAAAACUGCUGGAGAAGAUCCCAUAUCUUCUCAGAGACUUGAAGGACGUGCAACCGUGCUUGCUUCACGGAGAUCUCUGGAGUGGCAACAUGGCUUACGACAAGGAUGGCAAGCCUGUCAUUCUCGAUCCAGCUUGCUACUAUGGUCACAACGAGGCGGAAUUUGGAAUGUCGUGGUGUGCGAGUUUCAACUCAAGCUUCUACGAUGCAUACUUCAAAGAGAUGCCAAAGCAGAAGGGAUUUGAAGACCGGCUCCAUCUCUACAAGCUCUACCACUACUUGAACCAUUACAAUCUCUUUGGGAGCUCCUACCGCACGCAGUGUAUCUCGAUCAUAAGUCGGUACAAUAAUCAACUUUAGAAGAUGGUAAGAAGGAAUAUUACUUAGAAGCAUCAAAAGGCUAACUUGAUCGGAUUUCAAAAAUUCCUGCUAGAUCUAAAUUAGUUUUGUUCAGAAAGUUCAUAAGGUCUCUCUAUACAACAAGGCCAGAAGUGAAUGCAAAAUAAGUACCGAUCUUGCCCGGUA